ACAGGUUGGGGGGGUGUGGACAGAGGGAGAAGGAUUCAGUAACAGGCGUGGGGGGGAACAGGAUUCGGUAACAGAGAUGGAAUCGGUAACAGGGAGAUGGGUGGAGAGAAUUGGUAACGGGGAACGGGAUAGAGGGAAUCAAUAACAGGAAUAGAGAGACAGAAUCAGUUACAGGGAGAGUAAGAGAGAGAAUCAGUAACGGGGUAGAGAAAGUGAUAGUCAUUAACAGAGAGGGAGAGAGAGAGUCAGUUAUAGAGUUGUACAGAGAGAGUCAGGAACAGGGAGGUGGAGAGAGUGAGUGAAUCAGUAACAGCCGUAGAUAGAGCGGGAGAGAGAGAGGCAAUCAGUUUCUGGGAGUGUAGGACAGAGAAUCAGUUAAGGGAAAGGGGCGAAAGAGAGAGAGAGAGAGAAUUAGUAACCAGGAGAGGGAGGGGGAGUCGGUCGGUUCCCAGGUGGGUUAUUAAUCCGUGUCCGGUGGCUCUGGGUCGUUUGCAACUCGGGCUGCUGGGCUGGGAGUGCCUGGGUGUCCCAGACCAAGCCGAGCUUGUCUCCGCCCCUCCACAGCCCCCGGACCGCGCUGAUGGCGCAGACGAGCUGAUGCGGACGUUUCCGAGCUGAAGUGAUGUCGCUCCACACUUGACAGCUCACUCUUAUAAAAGGAAGCUUGGUUUGUAAACGGUUCCAGGAUACAGCAGACUGUUCAUGGGGGAAAAAGCCUGAUAAAACUUGCAGGUCAUCUUGGUAAAACAAUAAAUGAAAUGGAGGUCGUGGUGUUUAUCUGUGUUUUAGAUGAAGAAAAGCACGUUGGCUAGAUUGAUCCAAAGAGCAUCAUUGAGGCCAUUACUGUGCAAAAGGAGUUGCACACAUUCGCCAGGAUGAAGAAAAUCAGCCUUAAAACAAUCAAAAAAUCCUUUAACUUGAACAAAGGCAAAGAUGAAAAUGAAUUUGUGGUCGUUCAGCAGCCAUCACUUGUCAAUGAUUUUGGGAAAGAGGACUCUCUGUUUAGCUGUUAUGGGAAAGAUCUGGCUGGUAACGAUAUAAACAAAACCGACGAGGAUGACAAAGGGCCAAAAAAUAAAGCAAAAGGUGAAGGUUUGAUGGGUACAUUGAAAAGGAGGCUUUCUGCAAAGCAGAAACAGAAGUCUAAAGGGAGCUCACCUUCUGUCAGCUUUGUGGAGGAUGAUCGAUUUUCCUCCUCUUCAACCCCAGCAGGCAUUAAUGAUUUAAAAGCGCAAAGACCCUUAAGGUCCACGUCACUUCGUGGCCACCAUUAUAGUCCUACCCCCUGGCCUUUGCGAUCAACUAGUUCUGAGGAGACCUGUAUUAAGAUGGAGGGCAAGGUCAAAGCAUUGGUUCAUAAUAAUAGCCCGAACCAGGCAUUAAAUGGAGUUCGUAAGGAGUUUCAUGACAUGCAGACGGACCACGUGUUUCAGGAACAGAACAACACAAUCAAGGAAAUUGACUCUCAAAACGGCAACUCCCAUCCAAAUAUUGAUGAAUCUUGUCAUGUUCCUGUUGUAAUUGGAUUAAUGCCUCAGAACUACAUUCAGUACACAAUGCCUUUAGAUGAGGGAAUGUAUCCUAUGGAAGGGUCACGUAGCUAUUGUCUUGACAAUCCAUUGCCAAUGGAAGUUGCUUCAGUGCCAUCCCAUGUAUGCAGUAGCACACUACAAGCAGAUGAAGGACAUAUGGUUCCAGAUUUGGUGGUUGCUUCUGAUAUCUUCUUGGACCCACCUGUUAAUGGUCUUUUGAUUGGUACGACAGGUGUCCUCUUGCAGAACUCAAGUUCUAACCACGUUGAUAUCCCUCCAUUGUCUCCACUCCUACCUCCAGGUUCCAAUCAAAUGCAGUUGACAUUUCCAGGGUUUGUUGGUACAGCGGCCCAUGUAGCAGAAAGAGUUCGUCAUCAUUUAAACUUUGAUCCAAAUUCUGCUCCUGGAGUAGGAAGAGUUUAUGACUCUGUACAAAAUAAUGGUCCAAUGGUGGUCACCAGUCUCACAGAAGAGCUGAAAAAACUUGCAAAACAAGGAUGGUACUGGGGUCCCAUAACACGGUGGGAGGCAGAGGAGAAGCUUGCCAAUGUGCCUGAUGGAUCGUUUCUUGUGCGUGAUAGUUCUGAUGACCGAUAUCUUUUGAGCCUGAGUUUUCGUUCUCAAGGCAAAACUCUUCACACUAGAAUAGAACACUCGAAUGGCAGGUUUAGCUUUUAUGAACAGCCUGAUGUGGAAGGACACACAUCCAUUGUAGAGCUGAUUGAGCAUUCAAUUAAAGACUCUGAAAAUGGAGCAUUUUGCUAUUCUAGGUCUCGCCUACCUGGCUCUGCAACUUAUCCUGUAAGACUAACAAACCCAGUUUCCCGGUUCAUGCAAGUCCGUUCAUUACAGUAUCUGUGCCGUUUUGUUAUUCGUCAAUACACUCGAAUAGACUUAAUUCAAAAAUUGCCUCUGCCAAACAAAAUGAAGGAUUAUUUGCAGGAGAAGCACUACUGAAAAGUUUUGAAGUCUUGCAGAUUGCACUUUUGGAACUGGAAUGCAUUGGAAUAUUUUUUUUAAAUAUAAUUUAUCGAAAAUUAGCUGAAAAAAAUCCCACUUUAUUUGAAGGUGUUCCUUCAUUUUGUAAUCACAGGCCUCUGUUCUUUAAUCAAUUCCACCGGCCCCCCCCCCAAACAACUCCAUCCACCAUGUACCCAUCCAAUAUUAAGCCCAGCCUAUUUGAAAAGUAAAGUUGCUCUAUUUCAUGUCAAGGUCUAACAGUAUUUUCACGCCUGUGGUAAAAGUACUAAGGCCUGUCCAUGUCUAAUCUUUGUACAUUUUACACUAUUAACUGCAGGUUUCUAUCCUUGCCAUCUGGAUCUAUAUCAGAAUCAGUGGAAUAAACUCCCAGGAGCUGCCAAAUAACUAAAUGCUAUGAUAGUCCUAGCCAUUUUGCUUUUCAGACACUUUCUUUCAUUGAACUCCCAAGAAUUGGUAAUGAUAUCAAUAGUGUUGAAGGUUUAGCCAAUAAUUAUUUAGCUACACAUUUAUACAUUGAAAUUAAAUUAAUACCUUGGCAUAUUCUCGAUAUAUUACAUUUAAAAAAUCUAGUCCCACCAUGUUAAAGUCAGUGCUUCUAUUCAGAAUUAGCUGUGCUCAAAGACAAGUGACCUCCCAGGGCAAAGUGCACCAAAUAAAGUAGUACCUGGGCAAUUUAUCUGCUUUAAAAUCAAGCUAUGAUUUGUUUUUAAUUAAAAACAAAAAUGCUUAAUGGAGAAAAACAACAACACAAUGUGUUCAAUGCAGCAGAUGGUACAUGUACAAUUUGCUGUUUAUUUGUGUUGGCAUAUUUAGCCAAACGGUAGCUGGAAGCCUGAAAGUUCACACCUUGUGCCGCUUUCCCUGCAUACAAUGUACUCUGUUUCUCUUUCUUACAAUUUUUUCUUGUUACAGACCUGUGCACAAGUCCAAAAGUAUUACUUUUUCUUUGAUUGGAAUUGCUUUUCAUAAAAAUUUCCUGUUCUGUGAGUUUAAAAAUCCCAACUUUUGUCCAUAUAUAUUUUAUAUUUGUUCACACUUUAUGUUUGAUUUGAAAGAUUGUCUCCAAAUGCCUUUUUAUGGUAGAGCACAAUGUAGAUUUAUUUUCGCACACCCUGGUUUGCACAUAAGGUUCUUGUGCCAGUUUGUGCUUCUUAGCCUAGGACCAAUUUUGUAAAGGGCCAUCAUGCCAGUAUUUUGAAUAAUGGUUUAAAAUCCAGUGGGAGACCACAUUGAAAUCAGUAAAUAUUGAUAACUAUUGUCCCUGGUUUUAAAGGGAAUAUUUGAGCUUUAUGUGCAUACUUCAAAUUUCGUGCGUUCUUUGUUUAAAGUUGUGGGGCACCAGCAUUAAUUUCUAUGAGGUAAUACAGAAUAAUUUUAUGAAUUCCUUUGUUUUCAGUUAUACAAAUUGUAAUUUGGAAAUCAUGAUUGAGGACUUUGAGUAAUUGUUUAAUGUCUCUGUGUCCUUGUAGACAUCAGGUAAAGAUUGAUUAAUCAUGCCAGUGAGAUAAAUUGAAUGUUUUUGUGUUUUUUUUAAUCAGUUGGCAUAUUAUUCCUGUAGUUCAUUUGUAUUUCAAUAGACCAAUUGACUGAAACUUAUCAAUAAUUUCUUUCUUUUAUUUUCCUCCUUUUGUUCGAGUACUUUGUGCACCUUUAGGGUGUGGUCAUUUUCAUAUUUCCCUGUAUUGCCAUAUGGAAAACCUCUGUAGUGCACAGGCAAAAUUGUCCCUAUAAAACCAUUUGUAAUAUGCCAUUUCUUAGUGUGCAUUGUCAUUCGUCACUCAAUAUAACAUAUUGUUCCUGUUUGGUCUUGCACUAAAUGCUGAGAGUGACGUGAGUGAUAAACCACUUCGUAUACUCAAGCUUCAUCAAAUCUGAAAUCUCAGGAUUGAAGCCAACCAGUUGGAAAAUGAUAUUUUGUUAUCCGCAGGCUUCGCUUGAGAUUGGGUGCUUUGGAAUUCACUGUGCAAAGUGUUCAGUGUUUAAUAACAUUCAGUUUUAAAUUAUUAAUUUAGCAAUUUUUAUACCCGUAGUUUCCUUUUUUAUUCAGCAUUAAGGUAGGAAAUCUUCAAUUUGAUCAGUCUCUCCAGUUCUCCCACAGUGCAGUGCAGUGGCAAGUGUGACAGAGUGCCCAUUAGUUUGCUUACAAAUCAGUGAAAACACAGUGCCUUUGCUCCAUCGUCUCACAAGACAAAAGCUAUGGUUGUGACUGAACCAUGAUUUCACUAGUUGUGGUCCAAAUUUACAAAAAGAUUGUUCUCAGACUAAUGGUGCUCUCAAAGCAGCCCAGUUGGAGGGGUAUAAGGGAGGGAUUUGUAUUCAAAAUCCGAGAAGUGUUUCUUUGUCAGAAUACCUCUCAAUCUUAGUUGACAUUGAAUCUGCAAUUGUUGAUUAUUAGUGAUCUGAGGAAAAAACAAGAAUUGGUGUAAUUACUGAAAGAUCAGCAUUAUUCUAUGUAAAUUGAGCUUUAUCACAAAGGAAAAUGACCUUCACUUAUGGAUUGAGAAGGAAGAACAUUGAAAAGGGAUUUAUAUCCCACCUUUUUACAAUGACAUUUCUCCCAUUUCUGCAAUGCACUUCUGAAAUAAAAGAGCAACUGAUCCUUAAUAUUCUUUUCUAAUGUGACCCAAAAAUAAGGUUAUCCCUCCACAUGAUUUUGGGUAGCAGAAAAGUAUGCACAGUUGAUUUUCUCUGUUCUUUCUCUUAACCCAUUGUGUUUCAACUAUUUCACAAUCUUCUCUGUGUUUAGCUUGAAGACAUUAAGAAGGGAAACUUGUUCUGUAAGUAUCAGCACACAGUAAAAGAAUAUUGACUGGAGGCAAACUACUAUCCUGUGCACUCAGAAAUUGCAGCUUAAGGAGCAAAGAUAUUGGUUUAAAUCACUUUCACAAGUCCCUGUAAUGGAAGUUAUUUCCAAAUCAUCUGCAAGUCAAUUUUCUCCAUACUUCUACACUAAAAAAAUUUCAAUCAAAAGUGUCUGUUGAUUUUUACUCUUGUUUGGCACUUAAUUUGUCAUGUAAAAGGGAGCCUGUUGUUAUUUUUAAUUGAACAUUGAUCCUCUGCAACACACGUUCUCCUUUCCUUCCCCCCCACCCACCCCCAAUCACCUAUUAGCAAAAUGUUGGUUCUGAGAAUUUGAUUUAAUCAGGGAGCUAUGGUGAAAAUCAAAAACAAAAUCUGCAGAUGCUGGAAGUCUAAAAUCAAAACAGGAAAUGCUGGAAAUAAUCAGGUCAAAGACCCCUUGUUGAGUUUUGAUGAAGUUGAUUUUGCUUCUCUUUCCACAGAUGCUACCUGACUUGCUGUGUGUUUCCGGCAUUUUGUGUUUUUAUUCAGUGAGCUAUUGGGUUUCCAAUCCAUUAAAAAUUUGCUUACAACUUCCUUGGCACAUCCUGCCUCUGUAACCAACUUCAGCCAUCUGUUCCACCUUCUAUUCAUUGUUCUGACUCUGGCCCCACCAGUGGUGGCAGUCAUCUCUUCUCUUUUUUGUUUCCGGAACUUCCUUUUCACAGCCACAUCCCAUCUGUACCCCUUCUCCUUGCUGCUUAACUCCCAUGGACCAUCAAUGGCAGUGAAUAAUAGACACUUUCAUGUUUUCUGUUAUCAAUAAUCAUGCUCCAUUAAUGUUUACAACACGUAGCAAGUAACAGGGCAGUUGGAGAGGAUAGUUCAUCAAUUAAGUUUUUACUGUUCAGCUGCCUAUGUUGAC